AUGCGCUCCCAAUUGACCCGCAGAGUCUUCCGUGGACUUUUGUCAAACGAAGGCCUUAUAUUACCAUGCCAAAAUCGAGCGCCAUCGUCAUUAACACUCCGACGUCGCCGGAAUGCACUCCCUACAGUAUCUUACGCACCUCGUCGUUCUCUUUUUGGAUUUUCUCGGAAACCUCCACGACAACCAAAAGCGCCAGACUUGGAACCCGGAAUGAAAAAAAUGGCAGAAUUUAGCUUGAUGACGAAGAUUCACGCACGAACUGCGAAUAAAGAUGAUAUGCUCAAAGCUUUCAAUGAAUUUUUCAAACAUAAGGUCGAUACAGAGCGAGCAGUAAAUAAUAUCGAGGCGGGGCAUGCGUUGAGGACUUUAAAGUAUCUGGUUAGUUGUGGGUUGGGGGACGGACACCUUAAGGACUUUAUGACGGCUUUGAAAGCCUUGACGAUUAUUCCUAAAGAUGAGACGAACGAUUUCCUAGAACUGGCAAGACUUCUCUUCCUAGAGAUCAAGAAGCUGUCGGAUUUAUCUGGAUCUAAUGAGAAUGCGCCAAGUUAUGAACGCUUUAUAAAGAUACUGAGUGGGGUUGGGAAAUCUCUGGAGGCUAGAGAGCUCUGCGAAGAGGAGGCUCAAAAUUUUCUAGAGGAUGAGAAAUCUUCCUCGGGAUCCUCGAUUAAAGAGUACAGUGCCACGCAGCGCAAAAUCAUGAAACGGAACUGGUUUACCGUUUUAUCUGGAUUUGCGCGAGAAGGGAACGAGGUGGAACUAAUGAAGACAUACGAGAGAUUGGAAGAGCUACGCAUAGGACGUAAUAACACCAGCAAGGAAAUUGUCGUCAAGUUUUAUACGUCUAGGGACCGUGUUCCGGAAGCGCAAGCAUGGUUUGAGAAAGUUUUCUAUGAUCCGGUGGAACUUACCCCCAGCAUACUGCAAGAUAUACUCAAAUUUUGUCUUCGUCAUGAGGAACUGCUAGACUGGUGUAAAGGUAUCUUUCGCAAAGUUCUCGAAUCAGAAAAAUUGCAAAAGGAAAAGUGGGAUGUUGUGUUUCAAUGGGCUGCAAGUGCUAUGGACAAGGGCGUUGAAGAUGUGGAACGUAUGAUGCGUAUCAUGGAGAAGCGCUAUCCUGACGAUCAUUCUAUGAGACCUGAUAUUGACACUAUCAAUGGUUUGGUCGAAUAUGCAAUAUCGAAAAAUGAUCCAUAUCUUGCAGAACGUUAUAUCGCAUUGGGGCAAAAGUUUAAUAUUCGUCCAAAUGCAAGAACUUUCAUCCUGCAGAUGGACUAUCGAGUUGGUGCUGGAGAUCUUUCGGGUGCCCAUGCAUCCUAUAACCUGCUCCAAGGCGAGGAAAUUUAUAAAGAUGAGGAUUUGCCCGUCAUUAAUAGAUUUGUCCGAGCACUCUGUGCCUCUGAAAAUCUGCCUUACAACGAGAUUUCAUCAAUCAUUUCCGAUCUUGACGAGCGUAAUGCAAGGUUAGAGGCGGAUACUGUUUCGUCACUCUCUACAAUGUACAUUGCCCGUAACGAACUUCAUGAUGUAGUAGAUUUGCUACAAGUCAAUACUUACCACUAUACCCUUUUAGAGCGAGCUCAGAUACGAGAUGCGAUACUCGCUUUUUGUUUUGACAGAAACAACCAUGAGGAUCGUAUAUGGGAUGCUUAUCGUGUCGUCACCCACAUUUUUGACGAGACCGAUGUUCCUACACGGACGCGCAUUAUGAAUGAGUUUUUUGAUCGCAAAAGAUCGGAUAUGGCUUGUCAUGUCUUUGGUCACAUGCGGCAACAUAUCAGCCCUAACAGACGUCCUGUGUUAGAGACUUACAUAGACUGUUUUGUUGGUAUAGCAUCAUGUGCCGAUGCCGAUUCUCUCGAUAUGGUUCACAAUAUGUUGAAAAUGGACAGUACCAUAGAACCUAAUACCCGUCUAUACAACUCUUUAAUGCUGGCUUAUACAGCUUGCGAAGAUGCUAGUCGAUCUCUACAUUUCUGGGAUGAUAUCACAAAUUCUCGCGAAGGACCUAGUUACAAGAGUCUGGAAAUAGUGUUUCAAGCAUGCCAGAGGAAACCUUUUGGGGAUGGACCAGCAAGGGAGAUUUGGGCUAAGAUGAAAAGGAUGGAGAUUGAAAUCACGAGGGAAGUUCAUGCUGCUUAUGCUGGUGCAUUAGCUGGACAAGGAAAAUUAGAUGAGGUCAAGGUGUUGGUGGAGGCUAUGGAGAAGGAUGUUGGGUUUGGCCCAGAUAUAUUGACCAUUGGAACGAUUUAUAAUGCAAUUCAAGGCUCAAAUAGGAAAGACUUGGUGGCGGAAUGGACAAGGGAAUUAUAUCCAGAGGUAUGGAAGGAGGCGGAGAAACUGGGAUUUACGGAACAUGAGGAGGGUCACAUGGUGUUGAAUAUGCCAGAGAGGAAACUUAGAGCUUGA